AGCUCAACAACAAAUGAUUUCCAUCCCCAGUCUCUUGUUUUCAACCGUACACCCCUGGUUUUCUGGGGGCCAACUCAUCCCCAAGCAGGGGGCAGACGCGAGCAAAUAGGCGCUCUCUCGUAUUCCAGCCGAGACUUCCACAGCCACCCCAUCGAUCAAAUCGGAGUUUGCCCCCAGCCCAGUCUUCACCAUCUUCACCAUGCCCUUCAUGAGAAGCUGGGGAACGUUUUUCUUGGAUUUCUUCUCAUCUUCUAUCGAUACUGCCCGUCAUGACAUCGAACAGUCGCGCCCAGCAAGAGGCCGUCAAUCGAGUCAAGGCAGCUUUUGCCAAACUUCCCCAGGAUGACGUGAUCUUCCGACAAUGUGUUGCUGACCAAGAAUCGGUCAGUGAUGUUCUUGGUGUUCUAUCCAAGAAUAGUGGCAUCUUCAAAAAGAAAAGGUCCACCAGACUCCUGGACAACUUCAGGAGAUAUACUAUAUGGAUGACGAAUAUAUCCAGCGCAGUCGAUACAGCAGUGCAAGUUUCAUCUGGAAUCGCUUGCCCACUAUGGGCGCCGAUCAAGUUCGUGCUCAAAGUGUGCCAUGAUCACGUUGCAGCGGCCGAACAGAUCUUCAGCCUCGUGCAGAUAUUAUCAGAUAAUCUACCUCGACUGGAACUCUAUGAAAGGCUGCACGAUAAUCCUCAAUUUCAGAUGUGUCUGGUAGAUAUGUUCGCUGAUGUACUGGAGUUCUCCGUGGUUGCUUAUCGUUUUCUUAAUCGGCGGACGCAUGCGAGGCUUGGAAGAUUGAUAGGAAGUAGUUUUGAGAAUGAUCUUGGCGACGUGAUCACCCGCAUUAAGCAUCGGACGAAAACAAUCGAUGCCACAGCGGGGGCAUUAUCGCAGGAAAGGGAGGCUCAAUUCAUCAAGGACACACAAUUGAGACAGCGACAAGAUUUCCGGAUCAAUGCAAUGCGCUGGCUGCAACCUUCCUCCGUCAAUGAAAGCAUGCAGAGUCAUCUCACUGCGAGGACUGACGGUACCUGCGAAUGGAUUUUGGGCCAUCCUAGCUUCGAAAAAUGGCUUCAAUGCGCAUCGACUCCGCUAGCACCAAAGAUCCUCAUUAUCGAUGGGCCUUCGGGAUGUGGGAAGUCUACACUUGCUGCAUUUAUUCAUGACACGCUGCAGAAGCAGAACAAUGUUGCCUCUGGCAAGAGAACAGUUGUUUUAUACUUUUCGUUCUCAGCCAGCGAUAUGGAGAGGCAAAAACUAGACUCCUGUGCUCGAACACUCCUUUCACAGCUCCUCGAGCAAACAAGCGACGAAGAGUUGACCCCUCUGUUUAACGAUUUGAUGGGACAGGGAGCUCCGACAACCGCUGAACUUUUCAAAGCUCUCCGCCGCGCGAUUGAGACCACCGCCAUUUCCGUCAAAACCAUCAUUGACGGUAUCGAUGAGUGUUCAGAGCCCAGGGAACUGACAUCCAAGUAUCUUUUUGGGGAACUGUCAACGUUGAAGAAUCUCAGUCUGAUCCUCCUCGGUCAACAGCAUACGAUGAAAAAGCUUCUUGCUAAUGCGCACUCUCAACGCUUUUUUACCAUUGACAUCACAUCCGAGAUCAAUGUUGAAGAUAUACGUCGGAUGAUCAACCGGGCUAUAUCACAAUACACGAUACUUUCGUCAUCACCAUUCCGUGAUCAGAUCCUCGACACGCUCACAAGUCGGGCCGAUGGCAUGUUUCUUUGGACUAAGUUGAUGCUGGAUUACCUGCGAGCAUCACUUUCCGAUGAUGAAAUAUUGAGGCGCCUCUCAGAUCUACCGCAUGGUCUCGAACAGUCUUACGCUAGUGUUCUCAAUCGGCUGGGAACACGAUUAGACAAGCACCAGCAGCGACUAGUUGGAUAUCUGUUUUCUUUCGCUGCAUGUUGCGGUAGACCUCUGAAGUUUGAGGAAAUCCGCUAUGUGUAUGCCUUGACUGUGAGACCCGCCUCGACUACAUCCAAACUGGAUUCUUUCUUGCUCAAGGUCCAACCGGAAGAUAUUGUAGAGCUCAGUGGGGGAUUGUUAUCGUUUUCUAACGGCGCGAUUCACUUGAUGCAUAAUUCCGUACGAGAAUUCCUGAUACGACCCCCAGAGGAGUGGGCUGGUGUUCAGAGCACGUCAACUUGCUCCUUCAGGGUGGAUCCAGUCAGCUCUCAUCGCCUUCUGAGUACGGUCUGUAUUCAAUACUUCCAGGAAAUAGACCUUACUCAGUUGCAAUGGGAACACCUUACCUCGCUAGAUCCCGUGGAUUCUCAACGACCUUUUCUCGGCUACGCAUGCGCUUACCUAGCUUAUCAUCUCAAUCGCUCAGACAUGGCACCCGAAGCAAUCGCUGAAAAGUUUCUCGCAUUUUUCGAGAGCGACCAGUUCUUUUUCGCUUUCGAAUACAUGUUUGCACACGGUAUGAAUGAUGCGCGAAGCCAGGUUGAGCUGUGGGUAGUGCUUGAUAUGGCUAUGAAUCACACCGAUACGUUCAAGUUCGUCUCGCCUCUAGAAUCUCGAUUCGACGUAGAAAGAAAGAGGAGGAUUUCGAAUUUUGGAGAGAGUGACCGUCGCACAGCUCGUUGGUCACUCUUCAGCGAAGCAUUUUCAGCUUACACUCAUCGAAACCACGAUAACAAAUCGCCACAACCUGCUGCCAUGAGCGAAGAUGUGGCUGGCGCAGAAGCUAAUGAAGACGACCUAGAUACAUCGCGGAGGGCUUUGAGACCUUCCCGAACAAGCAGGCGACUGAAUGGUUCUCCUGAUAGUCCUGGAGUAGGUCGCCGGCAUACACGCGUCGAACCUCCGACUGGAAUUGCAGAAAUUACAACUCGCGUUGGCGAGCUUUCGCAACUCACUAAUGCACUGCCUCUCGGGCAUCAAUUCGAAUUAGUUGUUAGAUUGCUUCAACAUGCUGCUCUACCUAGCAAGAUUGUUGACCCACUAAACGCGCUCUGGAAUCUUAUCAAGCAAAAGGCUGCGUCAAUGCCUUUGCUGCAUUUAGUUGCGGCGACCAUAUUCUAUCAUGCUUUUGACCGUAACGAAGAAGCGUUCGAGAUCGGUAACAUAUGUUUAGGUAGGAUGGACGAUCGCGAGAGUAUGCUUAAGACUGUGGUCCGGUGUUUCCUGGGUGCUGCAGCUUACAUGCUACGCGAGCAGGAGAUAGCUAUCGAACAUCUCGAAUACGCCCUUCCUCGGAUGGAUGCGCUUCUGGGGCCCACAAAGUUCACAAUUUUUCCGGCCAGAUUAUUUCUAGCAGGUAGUUACAACCUCGAUGGGCGAUAUUCAGAUGCAGUCCUAUUGCUCAAAGGUCUCAUAGGAGAUCGUUUAGCGUUUGGGAUGGUGGACAUCAAGCUCCAGAUUCGAGCAUACCUCCGCCUCGGAAUGAGCUUGAAUUACAACGAAGAAAAUCAGGAGGCAGUCGAAGUAUUACACAAAUGUUUGGCGCUUUCCGAAAAAUCGCGGGCAAAAUUGAUAGCCUCCGUACGCGAGGAUGUCUUACUGGCACACCACUAUCUUGCUGCUGCUCACUACGAACUAUAUCAAAACCGCGAAGCAUUGGCGGAAAUUGUGACAUGGAAAGAACUGGAAAUCAAGUACAACAUAUCGUUGCCGCCUCACGUCUUAAAUUUGAAGAAGAUAAGAGCAAAGAUCCUUUCCCAGGAUGCGAAAACAUCACAAGACGCGCGCAAUCUGUUCAAAUCCGCACUUGGUGACUACCUCGAAUCCAAAUGCCAAACACACGGUCAAGUAGCCUGUUUCAAAGCACGCUAUGAAUGGUAUAGAUAUGUUUUGGAGCCUGAUUGCCUUGACCUUGAAGAUGCUGCUGACCCUGAAGAUGCUGCUGACCUCGAAGACGCCAUCGACGCCUGUAACGAUUUUUGGGAGACAUACAAAGCUGUCCACAAGCCUACCGGCUCCGAUUCUGCGCGCUCUAUCUGCCUCCCUACCAACGAGGGAUACCUUUCGGAAUACGAAGACCUGGCUCUGCUUCAUCAGAAGGCAGAACAGCAUGCCGAAGCCAUUGAGUUGUUCACAUGCUACUUGAGCACGCUGCCCAGCCCGGAACAUUACGAAUGGUACGCUUUCGACGCACGCCUUGGUCUGGCUUUCUCGGAAGAGAAAUUGGGGAACUACGCAGCAGCUGAUGCAGCGGCGCAAGAAGCCUUGGAAUUUUACGUCGACCAAUCCGACUUGGAGAUUUCCGAAAAGAUCGAAAUUGUGAAGGAUGUUUUGGAUAUCAGAUUGAAGAUAUGUUAUCAGAAGCGGGAACAGCGCAUACCGCAUUCAGAAUAG